GUGAGCGACUUCCGCCUGGAGUUUUCGCGACAGCUGGAGAGCGGUUGUUCCGCGGGAGUUAUUAGGGUCGAAUUUCUGUACACUUUAAUUACUGCUACAUCGGUUUAAAAUGGGCGAUAAGAAGAGUCCGACAAGGCCAAAGAGACAUUGCAAGCCGCCGUCAGACGAGGGCUGUUGGGACUGUAGUGUGUGCACUUUCAGGAACACCGCCGAGGCGUUCAAGUGCAUGAUGUGCGACGUUAGGAAGGGCACAUCCACACGGAAACCUCGUGCCGUUUCACAGCUUGUGGCUCAGCAAGUACCUCCGCAGUUUGCUUCACCCACACAACCCAAAAAAGAGAAGAAGGAAAAGACGGAGAAGGACAAAAACGACAGGGAGCCAACAAUGAAAAAGAACAGCCACAAAAAGAUGAGGCCAAGGUUAAAAAACAUUGACCGAAGCAGUGCACAGCACCUGGAAGUCACAGUGGGAGACCUGACAGUCAUCAUCACAGACUUUAAGGAGAAAGCAAAGCCCUUAUCCUCCUCCACAAGCUCAUCCUCAUCCACAGCCACGUCAGCAGACCUGCGCAGCCAAAGUGGAUCCAGCUCAGAUAACACUGAGAGAGCAGUCUCCAGAUCAUCAUCUCCUCGAGGUGAAGGCUCAUCAGUCAACGGAGAAGCACACUAGCCUUCUGAUAAGCCCAACAUUUUACUGAAGGUCAAAGAUUUUUCCCGCACAUAUCCCCACUCCUUUUUUUGACUGGACUGGAUGGGGUUUGGAGUUUCCCCGCAAACAGUCACUGCACUAAGCUCAUAGGAAGGUCUCGGUUGAGUAGCCAGAAGUUAUAAUACUGCCCAUGUAAAGCAACCAUCAGUGUGAUUUUUAGGAAUAUAUUGUUUUAGAGACUGUUUUUGUUCUUAUUAACAUCUCAUUCUUUCUGAAGUCAUGGGACAACUUGCUGACUCAGACAGUUACUGAUGUGUGUUCUGGAAGUAAAAAGAAUGUACCAAGUGGUACUUUCCAGGCUCGAUCUCACCUGACUGAUAAUGUAAACGAAAAAGAAGGGGGGCGGGGGGGCUGGAUGAGACUGAGGGCUAGAGGUCUGAGAUCCAGGAGAACACAAGCAUGGGGACUGAGCUUGAGAUCCACUAAUAGAGUAUAUGGCCAUAAUAUUGUGAUGUUCAAUAUUGUUUGUAUUGUUCAUUCUUUUAUUGAGGAAUAUUUUGGUAUGAUUUUCACAAAAGUGGAAAGUUUACAGAACAUAAAUGUGAAGAGUUUUAUGUAGGGAUGCAUCAGUACUGGUAUUGGGUAAUGGUUUGAUACCAUGCUCAUUUACUUAUACUCAUAAAAAUGUUCCACUAUCAGCAUCCAGUAAUCGUGAUGGAAGCCUAAUGUACCUUGCCAUGCUUUUGAACAGGCAAAACAUUACAAAAAGACAGUCAUCUGGACUUAUUUCAUGAUUAGGACUCGAAACAAGACAGACUGUGAAGGGCGUUCUGUGAAAAUAUCAAAACCGCAUCUUCGGUACAAGUAACCUAAUAAAACAUGAUGUUUCCGUAGUGCUCAGGCAUAGUUGACCUGUACACACGGAGCAGUAUCGAGAAGCAUGGUCAUUACAAAUAACCGCAGGGUACUGUGAAUUGUGCACACGCAAAGAUAUUCGCAAGCGUGGAGCAGUGAAGUGAGCAUGCAGAGAAAACGAGAGCACUUCAGUUCUGCAAGCACUGAGACAUGCACACUUCCUUUUCCCUCGCUUGGCAUGUUUUACACUUGGCUUGCAAGUUAAGGUAUAAUUCACAGCACUUUGUCCUCAUUUUUAAUGACCACACUCACCAGUGCUACUCGGCUUGGGCGCCCUUAAACAUGACACUCAGCCGAGAAGUUAAUUUCCAACAGCGACCAACGUGAACAAAAAAUACUCCAUGAUGUCACUGAUUUAAUUAAUCCUAAAUAGGUCACCCAGUUUAUCAAUAUCGGUGAAUGAGUACUGAAGACACGUAGAUGGUCUGGGGGAAAAAAUGCUAUUGAUGCAUCCCUAGUUUUAAGUACUGACGUGGUUAUAAAUGAUUUGGACACAGUACGUGGCAUUGUUUUCUUGUUUUGAGAAAGUUGUUUGCUAUUUACUUUAUCAAAUAUUACAGUCACAGAGUUUUAUAAAAAAAAAAUGUGUUAUACUGCUUCUUACUUUACGACACUGCACAUGUGUGAUCUGUGUUCAGUGCUAUAAAAAGUUCAGAAGUUAAAGACUUCUUCCCAGGGGUUACUGUUGUUGAUCAGCUUGUAAACCUUAAAAUAUUCAGGGGUUUUCCAUCAUUGUGUUCUGUACGUCCAUCAUCAGCAUGUCUCUCUCUCUUUAAAAUACUAUUUUGGACAGAUGUGCAUCCGUGUAUUCAUGCUGGAUGCAGUGAAUGUUCCUGAGAAGGGUUGGAGUGUCCCUUUUUAUAUGCAUUGCACUGUGUGUUAUGUUAAUUAAUCCCAGACCAUUUUAUUCAUAUUCACCCCCCCUCCCCUCCCAAACUCACUUUUGCAAUAUGAACUUUAAAAGCAAUUUUUUUUAGAUAAUUAUAUUGGUUAGAGUGCUUGAUAAGAAACUGUAGCUCUAUUUUCCAUGUUUCUUGUGUCUGUAAAGAAGCAGUUUGAAAUUAAAGUGCUUAGAUUUUGCAAGAAAAGCCAUGUUUCUCAUAAAGGGUUAAGUACACUACUGUUCAAAAGUUUGGGGUCACUUUGAAAUGUCCUUAUUUUUGAAAGAAAAGCACUGUUCUUUUCAAUGAAGAUGACUUUAAACUAAUCAGAAAUGCACUCUAUACAUUGCUAAUGUGGUAAAUGACUAUUCUAGCUGCUGGUUUUUGGUGCAAUAUCUCCAUAGGUGUACAGAGGCCCAUUUCCAGCAACUCUCACUCCAGUGUUCUAAUGGUACAAUGUGUUUGCUCAUUGCCUCAGAAGGCUAAUGGAUGAUUAGAAAACCCUUGUACAAUCAUGUUAGCACAGCUGAAAACAGUUGAGCUCGUAGAGAAGCUAUAAAACUGACCUUCCUUUGAGCAGAUUGAGUUUCUGGAGCAUCACAUUAUUUUGUGGGGUCGAUUAAAUGCUCAAAAUGGCCAGAAAAAUGUCUUGACUAUAUUUUCUAUUCAUUUUACAACUUAUGGUGGGAAAUAAAAGUGUGACUUUUCAUGGAAAACACAAAAUUGUCUGGGUGACCCCAAACUUUUGAACGGUAGUGUAUGUGAAAUCCUUUAUCAAGGAUUUUAUACAGAAUCAAAUAAUUCAGAUUUACUGUGGUGCUUCUCGGUUAAGGUUUAUAUUGCAUUUACAAAUAAAAAGGCAAAAUAUUCUACAA